AUGUUUAGAAGACUCGCACAGUUGUAUCUUAAUAUUUUUUUGUACUAUAAAUGAUUGAAUUAGGAUUGUAUUAGUUGAAUCCAGUUGUGAGGUAUUCAAAACAAUAAUAACUCCAGAUUUAGGGGAGAGAUUAAUUGAAUAAGAUUUAUCAUCACUUGUUUAAAUAAAUUAUGCUUGGGGUGUAUGGACAAAAUAUUCUUAACAUUAUGUUUUAUUUGAAGACCUUGCUCUACAAACCUAAACGAUGCACAUACUAACAGAAAAACAAUAGGAUAUCACAUACUUAGUAUAUUACAUAACCUUGAGUAAAGAAGAGAAAUCAUUUACUCAUAGUUUGUAUUUAUUUCAUGGUGGGACUUAUUAAAUAAGGGAAUUAUAGAUAGAUUAAUACUUAGGAAUGGAUAGAUGGGUGUUUUUCUAUUUUUGUUACUAAGAAUCAUUUUCAAAUUAUAAUAUAUUUUUAUAUAUAUAAAAAGAUGACGUAAAUGUGUAAAUGAUAGAAGGAGGUCCUUUUGUAAUUGAAAUAAGAAAUUAUAAAGAAUAUGUUAUUGGAGGAUAGUCAAUAGUAUUGAUUUAUAUAUAUUUAAUAACUAGUUUACUAGGGCCUUUGAAUCAUCAAUCAAAUAAGAAUUGAAAUAAUUUUCAGGCUAAAUAAGUAGUAUGGAUCUAAGAGAAGGUUUAGAAUAUUAUUAUAGUGACAUACCAACAUUUUUAGAUAAUAUAGAGUUAGAUUGUUAAGUUUAUUCAUGUGAAGAAGUAAUUGAUAUUCUGAUAAUUUCAUAUAUGAAAAGUGGAUCUAUUCUAAGAUAACCAAUAUCUUAUUAUGGUAGUAAAUUUAUGAUAUCUGGAUGGGUGAUAAUAAAUGAGUUGGCCGAAGUAAAUUAUAUAUGAUUUUUAGUAAUAAAAUAUUGAAAGUGUUUUACUAAGAGCUACAUUAAGAUACACUUAUUUUUAAGACAAAUAUUAAGGAGAUAAAGCAUUAUAUUGGAAAUAUAUUUAAAGUUCUCUCAAUCAAAACUUAAAUGGAUUCUAAAUAACUACAUAUCAUUAUAAUCAAUCUGAACCAUUAAAUUAAUAUUAAACUUAGGAAAGAGAUUCUUGGUUAAUCUUAGAUCCGUAUUAUUUUGAAGCAUUAACAUUUUGGCAUUGGUUUGUAUAUUAAGAAGGAGUUGAUGGAACGAAUAAUAUUAGACUUACCAUUUAUUUUGGUCAUGGAAAACAAGAAAAGAUAUUCACAAUGAAAUAAUAACAUUAGGACAAUGCUAAAUUAUAUUUCAAUAUUGGUGGAGAUAAUUAUAAUUAAAAUUUUAAUGGAUAAAUUCGUGAUUUAACUUUUAAGUAUUGUUAUGAUAAUGAUACGCCAAAUUAAAAAUGUAUAUAUGUAUUUGAUAUAAUAAGUAUGCCAUAUUUCUUGUAAAGCAUGUUAUGGUCCACUUGAGACUCAUUGUUUAACAUGUGAAGAUGCUUCAACUUCUAAAAGAGAAUUAUCUAAAUCAUAAUGUCUAUGUUAAGAAGGAUAUAUUGAUAUUGGAAAUUAAGAUUGUAAAAGUAAUUAUUUUAGAUAAUAUAUAGUACGAGGAGCUAUUUUAAAGAAUAUUAAUAUUUAAGAAGCUAUUGCUUAAGAAGAUGUAGGAUGUUAAAGAUAUCAAUUUUAAGUUAUAAUAAAUGGGAAUUUACAUUGUUUAGAUUGUCCAGGAAAGAUUACUCCAUUUGCAUUAUAUUGUAUAGAUUGUAUUUAAAAUCCUAAUUUAUGGUAUUUGAAUCCUAUUUGCACAACAGAUUAUUUAAUGCCAUUUACUAAUGAUACUAAUUAUGUUUUCUUAAAAAAAGAACGAAAAGCAAAAGAUUUUUAAUACUAUUUAAUUAAUUUCGAUUAAAUGUCAUAACAUCCAUUUUUAGAGACAUGUUUUGGAUGUUUUUAAUAAAGUAAUAAUAGUACGAUUAAUUUUAUUUAAAAAUUCACAUUAGAUAGAAUAUAAAAUAUAUUAUGUAAAAAUUGUUAUAGAUCUAUUAAUGGAGAAUGUAUAAAAUUUAAUAUGAAUUGCAAUCAAUGUGAUGACAAUCAAUUAUGUAUAACUUGUGAAUUCAAUUAUACUCUAUUUGAAAAUUAGUGUUUGGAAUGUCCUAUAGAAUGCCCCAAUUGUAAAUACAAUUCCACUGGAUAUUACUGCAAUAAUUGUAUUACUGGAUACUAUUUUAAUUCUACACUUGAAUAAUGUUAAUAAUGUGGUCAAUUUUGUAAAGUUUGUAUUUUCUCCUCAGUAUUGAAUAAUCUACAAUGCUUAAGAUGUAUUCAUGAUACAGAUUAUUUUAUAUCUGUAGAAAAAUUGAAUUGCAGAAAGAAAUCAUUACCAAAUUGUGAAUUGGAAUCAUCAGAAAAUUACUUAGUUUAUUUUAAUUAAAGUUACAUUAUGUUAACUUAAUAAUAUAGUAAUUCCCUAGAUGUAGUUGCAUUUAAAGAAACCAUACCUACAUUUUAAAUUUGUAUGAAGUGUGAGAAUGGCUAUAUCAAUAAAUUAUUAGUUUAACAACAUUAUGAAUGUGUCACAGUUGAAUCCUUAAGUACUAUUAUACCUGAAGAAUUAAAAGUUAAAGUUCUUGAGUCUUAAAAUAAUAAUUUUUAAUUGGCUUUAAUUAGUAAACCUCAAGCUCCUUAAUUAUAGUUUUAAAUAAUAUAUGGAGAUCGUGUUAAUUCUUAUUCAACCCUCACAAUGAUUUCAAAUCCCAUUACUGGUAUUUUUUGUGAUGAUCCAAAUUGCCUCAUUUGUGUUAAUAAUUAUAUUUAAGAAUAAUAAUAUUGUAUGCAAUGUUACAAUGGUUACUAUUCAAAUACAUUCCUUGGAAGAUGUUAUCAAUGUCCAUCAAGCUGUUCUACUUGUUUAGAAUAAAGCAAAAUUUAUUAGGAUGCAUGGAAAUGGCAAUAUAAAAUAAAUUAUCAUUUUCGAAGUUCUUUACUAGAUGGAUAACACAGUUUUAAUGUUUUUGGAACUUAAGUAGAUCCAGAUAAUUUAGAAGUUAUUUGCACAAGUUGUCCAUCAAAUGGUAUACUUUAUAAUAAUAAAUGUUAUCCAAAAUGCAAUUGUGAUUCAUGCAUCAUUGAAGAUGAAAUCCCUGUUUGUAUUAGUUGCAAAAGUCUAAAUACAAAAACUGUUUAUGAUGGACAAUGCCAUCUUUGUCCGAAAUUUUGUGAAUUAUGUAGAGAAAUCACCCAAGAAGAAAAAUUGAAAAUUAAUCCAUAUUUCCAACCCACUGAUAUAACUUUACAAAAAUAUGCUUAGCAAUGUAUAAAACGAUAAUCUGAACUUCCAGCUUAAGGAAUAUUAUAUUAUGAUCCUACUUUAGGAUAUGAAAUUAAUUGUCUUAAUCUUGAAAAAAAAAAUUGUUAUCUUUUUCUAGAAAUUCCUAUUAAUAUUUAUUGUUCCAAAUAAACUUUUGAUCAAUAAUAUAAUAGACUAGAAACCUUAGAACAAUAAGAUGAUUUCCUAAGCAAAAAUGCACUUAUUUCUAACAUUUUUUCCACAAAUCCUCAAAAUCAUUUCUCUGUGGAAACAGAUUAUUUAUUUCAUGAAUUGAAUCUAAAAAGUGUGAAAUUAGUAAGAUAUAUCUUAAACUUGUUACCAAGUACUUAAGAUUGUAUUAUUAAUAAAAAUUCAUUUAUUUCAUCUAACAUACGUCAAAAUGUUUUCACAGUUCAAUUUUUAGAAUUAAUAUUUUAAUCAUCAAAUUAGAUGUAGAUAUAUAUGAAUGAUAAUGUUACAUUAUAUGAAUUUACUACUGUUAGUUUAAAGAAUCUUUAGAUUAUUCCAAUAAGUUCUACUACAUCAUUAAAUAUUAAUAAUAUUUAUGGUGGUUCUUUUUUGUUUGAAUCAAUUAAAAUUAAAAAUAUCAAUGAAAAUUAAUUUAGAAUUCAAAUCUUAAAUCCUAAUAGUAUAAUAAUAAAGAAUUUUUAAAUUUUAGACUCAAAAUUAAUUAAUCUCAAUGGAAUUCUAAAUUAUAAAUUUACUCAACAAUUAAGUCAGAACUUUGUUUUUAAAAUUGAUUAAUUGUUAAUCUAAAAUUGUCAAAUUAUUAACUCCAAACUAAUUGUUUAAAUUUUAGAUGUAGGAUAUGGAAAUUAAUAAUUGUAAGUAUAUAAUUUUAAGUCAUCAGAUAAUGUCUAUGAAUCCUCAGUUUUAUUCUAUACUGAAUUUAAUAGUUAAAUUAGAGAAGCUCUUAAUGUAAUUGAAUAAUUAAAUUCAGAAAAUGACAACUUAACUAAUUCUAGUUUAAUAAUUAUGCCUGGAGCAUUAAGUGUAGAAUUAGUUAAGAUUUCUGUUUCAAAAGGGAAUUUCUAUUUUCAAACUUAGUUAUUUAAACUACCUCUAUUUACAAUAAGUAAUAUGUUAAUAUUGAACAACAAUUUUAAUGAUUUCAAUACAAGAGUAAUAACAAAUAGACUUGAUACUUUAUACAAAGAUAAUAUCUAAUAAAAUUUACUUAAAUUAAAUUAAAUAACAUUUCAAAACAAUAAUUAUGUAGGCAGCCAAGUUUUUAUUGAAUUGAUUGAAAGUAAUAACUUUUAGAAUUUGGAAGUUCACCUCAAUGGAUUAACAAUUUAGUCAAAUUUAUUUACUUAAUCAAAUUAUUAAGGCUUAAUUACCUCAAGCAAUUCAUCUCUAUACUUUGAUUUAAAAUAAAUAAAUAUUGAAAAUGUUAAAAUAAUAAGAGCAUAUAAUCUUCCAGAGAUUUCAAUAAAUAAUGCAUAAAAGACAAUCCUUAAAAAUGUUACAGCAACAUUAGAUAAUGAAUUCAAAAUUAAUCUGUUACAUUAAUAUGUUUCUUGUUUCUAAAAGAAUCCAAAUAUUGGUUAUGGAAGUAUGCUAUAGAUAUAUAAUUCAAAAGCGAUUCAAAUUGAUAAACUUGAAAUUAUAGGAUUAAUAGCAAUCAAUUCGCCUAUUAUCAUAGUAAAAUCAUUAGAAAAGACUAAUAUUAGAUAUCCAGAAAAUAUUGAAAUUAUAUCAGUAAAUUUAAUUAACAACACGAUUAUCCUAUCAAAACUUUCAGAAUAGCCUUCUGUAAUUAGUAUAAUAUCUGAGUAAGAAUAAAAAAUAUCAUUGAAAGGAAUAAUGGCUUUUAAUAAUCAUCAUCAUUCUUAUUAAGAGGAUCAAUAAUUUAGGUAAUCAUCAACUAUUUAUAUUGAAAAUCCUAAUUCUGAAAUUAUUUUAAGAGAAUCUAUAUUUUCCAACAAUGUAAUAACCAACAAUUAAGGAUCUAAUCUGGUGUUAAUAAGUGCUAAUAUAAAUAUUUUAGAUUGUUCUUUUAAUUCUUAGAAUGAUUUACAAUAUUCAUAUUUAAAAGAUCGUUUAAUAUGGGGAUAUCAAUCUGAUGAAAUUGUUUAUAUAGAAAAUUUAUAUCCGAUGUUUCCAAUUAAUUCAAAGGGAGGAAAUGCAUAUUUUUAAAUUGAUUCGAUUACUUUAAGAAAUGUUUCAAGCUAUAACUCAUUAGCUUUAUAAGGUGGAGCAUUUUAUUUCUUAACUUAAUCAAAUGGUAGGAUUGUAAUUGAGGAUUGCAAUUUUAAUUUCAGCUAAACCAAUUUAUUAAUGAAAGAAAAAUCAUAAGGAGGUACAUUAUUAAUUGAUGCUUCUUAAUCAGAUUUAAAUUUAAUAAUAUAAAAUAACACUUAUUCAUCAAGUUUCAGUAGAUAAGAAGGAGGAGCAAUCUUUAUUGAACCAUCCAGAGUCAAGAAUUCUAUACUAAUUACUAAAAGUAUUAUUUAAAAUGUUUAUUCAUUGGCAAAUGCUUUCUUAAAACUUCCCAUCAUAUUUACGAGCAACACUUUAUUUUUAGACGUUCGUAUUCUUGAUUUAUCAAUAUAAAAUACUUAUCAAGGUUUCUUAUCUUAUUUAGGAAGAAUUAGAGAUAUAACCCAAUCAGAAAUCAAUUUUUAAACUAAGAAUUAUUUAAUUUCUAUUGAAAGAGGGAAUAUUACUAUAAAAGAUUGUAAUAUUAUAAAUUUAUUUGAUUAUGGAGUUUUAGAAAUAUUAAAUGCACAAUCGAUCAAAUUAGAGAAUAUUUUAAUGGAAAAUUUUACUUUGAUUAGUGGAAGUAUUCUUAAAUUUGAAUUAAAUAAUAGUAAUUAAUUAUAUAUUAUAUAGAAUAUAUGACCAAUAUUGAAAUAUUCAAUGUAAAAUUAAUGACUUUAUAAGAAACAAUUGGAGAUGUUAAAAAACCAAUCAGUAUAAUUCCUUAUAUUCCACCUUUCUUUUAAAAAUGUUUUGAUUAAUAUACGACCCCAAACUCUUUAUAAUAACUUUAUGAUCAAAAGAAUUCAUACAUUAUUAGUCUUUAUAAUUUUUAUGCUUUGAUAUCAAAAAGAACAAAACCUGCUUUUAUUUUUUAAAUUGAUUCAAUUAAUUUAAAUCAUUUCAUUUUAAUACAAAAACUACACUUUUAGAAUAUAAUAUGUUCUAAUUGUAAAGGAGGAUUAUUAAGAUUUACAAAAAUAGAAGAAUAAUUAAAUUAGAAUCUUGUUUAUUUAUAAUAGAUUAAAAUGGAAGAUAACAUAUGUGGAAUUUAGAGUUGUUUAAUAGUAAGUUCGAAAGACGUUAUUUCUUUAAGAUCUUUUUCUCAAAUAAGCUCUAAUAGAGUAUUGAAUGAAGUUGAAAGAUAUUAUGAAACUAAGCCAGUUACAGUAAAGAUUGAAUCAAGUUACUUUAAAAAUAAUACUGCAACAUAUGGUGGUGCUGUUUUAAUCUCUUCUAUAAGUAUAUUAAUCACAUCUUGUUAAUUUAAAAUGAAUUAAGGAAAAGAAACAGGAGGUGCUAUAUAUUUAGAUUAUCAUGAUAAAUCUUAAUUCUUAAUUUUUAAUACAUUAUUUGAAAAUAAUUAAGCAAAUGUAGGGGGAGCUAUAUUUUUAGAAAAUUUUGCUCUUUAAAGUAAAGAUUAAACUAAUAUUGUUUUUUAAAAUAAUAAAGCGUCUUUAUUUAGUAAUAAUGUUGCUGAUUUUCCAAUAAAAUUAAGUCUUAAAUUUGGUUCAAAGCUUUUAGAAACAAAAACUAUAGAAAAUAAAUAAAAUUAAAUAAUAUAAAUUAUAGAUAUAAAAAAAUAUUAUAUAGGGUAAAAAGAGAUAGAUUUAUUAAUGUUGCCUAGUGGAUAAGCUAUUAAUGAGUAUUAAAUUUUUAAUGAAGAAAAAUAAGAAUACAUACCAUUAAAUUUAUCAUUAAGAAUAAUUCCACUUGAUAAAGAGAAUAGUUAAAUUAAAGCUUUAGAUGGUAGUAAAUGUACACUCAAUGGUAGAUAAAUGUCAAAUAAUUUAGAAGGAGAAUUUUAGAAUAAUUUUAUUAGUCUUACAGAGGUAGAAUUCAAUACAACAAGUUAGGAUUAUAAUUUAGAUACUUUAAUAGUUAAUUUUGAUCCUGAUUAAUCAUAAGAAAAUUAUUUAUAAUUAGAAAUUAUGUGUAAUUCAAUUAAAAUUCCAAUAUUUGAUAAUCAACCCCCUUAUUUAUUAAAAAAUUAUGAAACAAAUUACAAAUUAAGAGUGAAUUUAUAAACAUUUCCUUGUCAAAGAGGAGAAUAUAAAACUUAAUAAGGAACAUGUAAAUUGUGUGAUCCUAAUUCCUAUUAAUAUAAUACAAGAGCUGGAGAAUAAUGUAAAAUAAAGGAUUAAAUAAAAAUGGAAAAGGUUUCUUCAGCAAGAAUAAUGUUAAGAUAAAAGUAUUGGAGACCAUAUGAAAAUAGUGAGAAUAUAGAAUAUUGUUUGAAUUUGCCUGAAAAUUGUAUAGGUGGAUGGAAUCCUGGUAAUGAUUUAUGUUCAGAAGCACAUAUAGGAGCUUUAUGUGAACAAUGUGAUUUAUAUAAUAUAAGGGGUUAAGGAUCUUUUUCAGUAAGCACAAUUUAUAAAUGUGGAGAUUGUUAGAAUAUUGGUGAUAAUACUAUUAAAGUUAUUCUAAUUAGUAUUUGGACUAUGAUAUCAAUAUUUUUAUCUGUUAAAGGAACAAUUGAAACAGUUAAUAAAUUUAUUAUUUAAUAAAAAAGAAUUAAAUUGAAAAUAGCAUCAGUAUAAGAUCCUAGAAUUGGUUAAGGAAAUGUAUUAAUAAAAGUAUUAACUAAUUAUUUUUAAAUUAUUGGAGUUAUUUCAACAUUUUAAUUAUAAUUACCAAGUGUAUUACAAUCAUCAGUUAGAUCAGUUGGUAAUCCAACAGAAGCUAUGAGUUUAUCUUUAGAUUGUUUUUUAAUAGAUAUUACAGAUAUCGAUAUCAUUUAUUUUAGAAUGAUCUGGGCUUUGAUCAUGCCAUUAAUUUAUAUGUUAACAUUUAUUUUUAUUUAUAUGAUAGUUGUUACCCUUCAUUUUACUAAAUUAAAUAAGAGUGCAUUUACAACUACAGCAAUUUAUUUAUUUACAUAUUUAUAACCUACAUUAAUAGGAGGAUUUAUCUCCUUAAUGUCCUUUCGAUAUAUAUCCAAUUAUUAUUGGAUCUAAGGUAAUGUUGCAUAUAGAUAUGAUACUUAACAACAUUUUAAUUGGAUCUUAACUUUUAUAUUACCUUCUAUUUUAUGUUUAGGAAUAAUUAUUCCAGCAUAUUUAUUUAUAAAUCUAUAUAGAUUAAGAGAAUAAUUAGAAUAAGAAAACACAAGAAAAAAUUUUGGAUAUUUAUAUAACGAAUAUUCUAAAACUGCAUACUUUUGGGAAAUUAUCAAAAUUCUUUAAAAAGGAUUUAUUAUUAUAUUCUUAACAUUUUAUGAAGAUUUAAUUAUUAUCAAAGGAGCUUUAGUUUUUAUUAUUGUUUUUAUAUAUUAAUUAUUAACAAGAAAAUAUCGUCCUUAUCAAUUCCCAAAAUUAAACUUAAUUGAUGAAUUAAGUACACUUAUUUGUGGUACUUCAAUUGUAUUAUCAAUUACAAUCUAUUAAGCUAAUAUAUCAGAAAAUUAAGAGAUAAUCUUACCUUUUUAUAUUUGUCUCAUUCUUUUAAAUGGAACAUUUAUUUUCUACAUUUUAUGGGGAAUAUUGCAAGCAUAAUUAGAAGAUUAAUAAGAAAAUCUAGAUAAAAUUAGAGAUAAAAUUAAUAAAAGAUUUCCAAAAUUAAUUUAAUCAAGUUAGAUUAUGAAAAAAUUAUUAACAAAUAAAGGAUAAUAACAUUAAAAAAUUAAAUUAAGAUAUUAAAAAAUCAAAGUAUAUUUACUUAAUUUUGUUCACUCUCAUCCAGGAAUUUAUGAUAUUCAUACAGAAAAUGAUUCUCAUCCAGAAUAAUUUAAACCAUCUAGUAUCAAAAGAAAUUCAAAUUUCAAACAUGAAGUGAGGAAUUUAGAUUAAAAACCAAAAACAAAAAAUAAAGUCUAUCCAAUUGAUUUUGAAGUUAAACAUUAAGAAUUGAAACAUGAUGAAAAAAACGAAGAAAUUAUGAUAUUUUGA